CGCUCUUGCUCCGCAUUGGCUGAGAGCUGUGAUGUCACGGAGUGGACCACGCUAUAAAAAAGGCCCUCUCCCGUGCAAGCGUCAGACAGACCGAGAGCUAGCCCACACGCAAACACACAACCAGGCCAAGCUCACUGGAAAUAUCCGCCAGCAAACCAUCUCAACAUGUGCCGAGGACUUGAACUAUUGCCAGCCACCUGCCUGGAGAGGGCCAAGGAGCUGAAAGCUCUGUUUGGAAGUUUGCUGCACAAGUCGGAUCACAGCAUCCCCGUGCAGCCCAAAAAAAGUCACACUCACAGUGUUGACGAGCAACUGAAAUGGAAGGACUCGUUUGAAAAACUGCUGUCCAGUCAAAAUGGUUUGUGUCUAUUCAGAGCUUUCCUGAUGUCGGAAUUCAGCGAGGAAAAUAUCGCCUUCUACUUGGCGUGCGAAGACUACAGAACGGCAAAGCCCUCAAAAAUGUCCGUCAAGGCCAAGCAAAUCUUUGAUGAGUUCAUCAGCGCCGACGCGCCCCGAGAGGUCAACCUGGAUCACGUGACCAAAGCCAUCACCAAGGAGAACAUUGAGCAUCCCACCAGCUUAAGUUUCGAUCUGGCCCAAGGCAAAAUUUACACGCUGAUGGAGAAGGACUGCUACCCUCGUUUCCUCAAGUCCUUGAGCUAGCAGAGCGAACAAGAACGGCUAAGCAACUUGAUCAAGAACUUGUGUGAUGUGACCCUUCACCAGAUGUGAAAACGCAUAAGCUAACAACGACGACGCCUAGCCGAAAGGCAGACGUCAAAUAUCCGAGCUGAGGACUCGUGACCAAGAUUCGGCCGACCGGAGUCUGAGCCGAAGGACGUGAAGGUGCGAGGACGCGACCUGAGCUGCUUGAGAGAGACAUGUGAACAAGUUGAAGACCACAGAAACGGACGUCGUCUUGACUUCGCACAACAAAUACUAAUUUAUUGAUUG